AGAAAGGGAGAUUGAAAGUGUGAGAGAAAAGAAUACAAUGAUAGCAUGUAAGGUUACAGAUUUGCAGAGAGAGAGAAAAAAUUUGUUACAAAAAGUUUGUAGGUUAAAAAAGAAACCAAAUUGUUACACUGAUGUUUUUGAAAGUAAUCUUUUACAGAUAGAAACAUUAAAAUUACAAGUAUCAGAAAAAGACCAACAAAUCCGUGACCUUGAGCAAAUAAAUACAUUGCUCACUGAGCCAUUUAUAGACACAUUUUAUGAUGGUAAAUUUUCAAAUGAGUUGCGGGAAACCGUAAUGACCUUAGUCACUGAAUGUGGGGUAAGUCAAAAAAAGGUAAAUGAGGUUAUGUCAGUUGUUGUUCAAAAACUAACAGGUAAGACACUUUCCAGAUUACCAAGCACUGGGGUGAAAAGUAGACUUUUAUUGGAAGCGAAAAGGGUAGCUAACCAACAGGUUGCAAAAGAAUUGCUUAGUACAGGUAAAACUUUUACUUUACAUCAAGAUGGUACCUCAAAGUUUCAUAGGCAUUUUCAAUCAUUUCAAUUUACAAGUAAUACUGGUUUACAAUUUUCAGCAGGACUUAUUGAGGUUGGGUCUGCUGAUGCAACAUCUUUAUUUGAAACCUUUAAAGAUUUGAUUUCAGAUUUAGCUGAAUCAAUUAAGUGUGAAGACAAAAGAAAAAAUAUUGCUAAGAUUGCUGCUUCAAUUAUAAGCACUAUGUCGGACCAAGGUUCUGUUAACCCUGUAUUUAAUGAGAAAUUUAAAGUAUUUAGGGAAGACCUAUUGCCACUUGUAUUUUCAGGUUGGGAUCAAUUUAGCCUUGAGGAAAAACAUGAACUAGGUAAACUCUUUUCAUUCUUUUGUAAAAUGCACAUUUUUGUAAAUAUGGCCACUGAGACAGAUAAAUGCCUUACACAGUUUGAAAGAACAAUAGUGUCUGAGGGUAGAAAUCCCUAUGCUUUUUCUUACAAUGAAAGUGGUAUUUCCCGAUUAAUUCGGACAGUAAGCAAGGCUUUUUCAGGUCAUGGUUGUGAAAAAUCUGGUGUGGGAGGACAUUUUGCUACAUACUUAGCUGAUAAAGAUGUAAAGAACCAAUUAAUUACCUUUAGAGGUCACCGCUUUAACCACUUGUACCAUGCUGCUGCCGUAACUUAUCACCAUUUAAAUGAUAUACAGCACUUUCUCUCAUUGUGGUCAGAACCAAAUGAGUUGCUCAAAAGCAUAUCUUUUGAUGUACAUGAGCCAGUUUAUAAAGCAGGUAUCAGAGCCUUAGGACUUAUAGAUAAAGUUGUAACUGGUCCAUUCUGGAGACUUAUAGAGACUGUCCCAAAUGUUCUGGCACUGAACACACAUCUUCACCAGCUUAAAAUUCAUUUAGAAGCCUGGUCAAAGGAUGCCUCUCCAGUUCUUGCAGGUGAAUAUGUGUUCAGUGAAGAGCAUGUUCAAAUUAAAAAAGACAGUGUCUAUGAGUCUCUAGUAGCACCAUCUGAGGAUCCAGUGUUUGAAAGCUACACACAGAUGGCAUUAGAGCUAUGUUUUGCAGGUAUGUUGUUAAUUUUAGAACGCCAGGCAAAAGACCAGCUACCUGGUAGAAGAUAUUGGAAUUUAAAUGAACAAGUUUGUUCAAGGUUGUCUGCGGUACCUACCACAAAUACUGUGUCUGAGCGUGACUUUGCCCAACUUGACAUGUUAAUGAGGUCCAAACCUUCAGCUGCUGUGACAACAUUUGAAGCCAUUAUAAUGUGGUCAAACAAUAAAACAUCAGACUGGUUAAAUUCUUUGUCACCAGAAGAACAUGCACAGGUAAUAAACGAAGCUAGGGUAAGUACACCAGAAUUUCAAAAAUCAAUUAAAGAAAAGCAACAGUUAUUAUAUCAGAAAAAGUUAGAAGUUUUAAAGAAAAAGCAGGAGAAAAAGGCAAAACAAGAGGAGAAACAACAUUCAAACAAAGUAAGAAGAGUAGUUUUAAACAGCCAAGGCCAAAAAAAUCUCUUUCUGCAACAACACAAAGGGGAGCAAUACACAUUAGAACAACUAGAAGACAACCUUAAACAGGUAAUCAUUCUAAAUUUGGAUGAAGAAGCUGUAAGUCAGCCGGACUUAAAACUAAUAUAUAGGGCAGUUGAUGAUGUACAACAUGAAUUGAGCACAGUGAAAUUAAGCCUGCACAAAAAAAUAGAGGAAAACCGUCAAAAAAUUAUUAUUUAUCAACAAAAAGAGUUUUUGCCCAUGUUCCAUGAACAGCCACAUACACUUAUAGGUAAGAAAUUUAAACACAAAUGUAGAGACCCAGAAUCUGGCGUAGUGGAAUGGUAUCAGGGUAUUGUAAAAGAUAUAAAAAAGCAAAAUGUGGAUAUUUCAAAAACUGAGUAUUUUGUAAAAUAUGAUGAUGACGAUGAUUUAUGGUUUUUCCCUUUACUCAAAGACAUGGAAAAAGGAGAUUUAAUUCUAAUGUAAUCAAUUUAAUCAAGUUUUUCCAAUCUGAAUGAAAGACAUAGUGAUCUUGGUUAAUAUGUAGAGUACUUAUUCAUAUAAAAUGUGA